UUUAAUUCUUUCACAGUUCAAUUUAGAAUCAACUCCAUCAACAAUGAUUAAUUCAUCUUCGAUAUUAAUUAUUUAUAUGAUGUUAAUGAUGUUAACAUCCACCUCAAUCUGUGAAGGCAUUUUCACACCAGAUUUAAAUGGCGCAGAAAAUUCUGAAAAUUUCUGGUUCAAUGUCACAAAUUAUCCUUAUAAAAAAAUCGAGGAAUUAAUUACUAAAUUAAACAAUACAGCAUAUCUACAAGUACAGACACGUUUUGCUGAAGAAUUUGAAAAUUACUGCGUUGAAACCAAAAGAAAAUUGUUGCCUCAAGCUGCUAUGAACAACAACGAUCAAACUAUGUUUAUCGUUAACGUUGAAAAUCUAAGACAAGAAAUAGAAGUAGUUAAAUGCAGAGAUAAUUGUGGUGAAAUCACAGUUAGCACCAUGAAUACAAGAUGUGAUAAAGAAUACAUUGAACUGCCGUUAAUUGCUGUAACGGAAAAUGGACAGUUGAUAACUGAAAAUUUUCGUUAUCAUACAACUUGUUAUUGCGCUUGUGAAAAUUAAAACAAUUUAAAUAAAA